CGCCGAUGCGAGUACCUGAUACAUCUACCUUGACUAUACAUUUAUUUUGUUUCCUAAAAACGCGAGUGUAAUUUUAACAUUACAAAACAUCCAAAAAGAAAGAACCAUAAAUGCGGUUGAUGGCGUUGUGUUUAAAAUAUGAAUCGAAAGGGAACACGAGAACAAAAUGAUAUUUCCAUAAUUAUCGGGAACUUACCAAAACGACUACAGGAUAAAAUCAUUAUACGUGAAGGGAAUAGCAGCAGUGGUGGCAAUGUGGUAGACACAAAUAAAAAAGGCGGGAGCAAAAGCAAUGAGAAUACAAGGACUAGCAGCGAUGGAAUAUUGGAAAAGCAAAAUGCAGGUGUGGCUGUGGCGGCCGAUAAAAGGCCAACACCAAUGGACGAUGAAGUGACAACCAUUGAUUACUUUUUGCGAUUGCCAGCUGGAACAGACGUGGAACACAGAGGGAACGUUGUUCGGUCCGUUUUGGAAUCCAGCGGACCUACAACAAAUGUCGUGCAGGUGAAAUUGCUACAGAAACCCGCGGUUGAGAAUGCUGACCGCCAUGAAGAAGUAUCUAUACCAGGUUUGAUACGCCUCAAUGCCGAAAAUGCAAAGAAAAUGAAUGAAACACCAUUGUCGGCGGCAUCGUCCUCCUCGAAUGGUUUGCGCAACCAUGAGCGACGCAACAGACAUCAGACAAGACAGGAAGUCUUAUCAACAUCGAAACAUAUUAUGCCAAUGUCUCCGGCGAGACAUGUCCAAAGAAUAAAUCACCCAAAUUGGUUUGAGCUUUUGGAAGAAACUUGGGCAAAUCGAUUGCCUCCUUUGUUUGAAAAACUUCAGCAGAUAAUGCAACAAAAUCAAGUCAUUGAGAAGUGGAAUUACUUGUGUACACUGCGCAAAGAACUUCAAGAUAUAUUCCAACAACUGCUACUAAAAAACCUUAAAUUUUGUUGUGAGCAAAAGGUUGACUCUUUUUUUUGGAAAGUUCUUUUUUACAACAUGAGGGAACAUUUGAAAGAACAGCAACAAGGUGAAGCUGAAGUCAUUAAAUACAUACGAGCAAUAAUUGAUGAUGGUAUUAAGUUCUAUGAGAAUCUCUAUCAUGAAUUGGAACAACAAUAUCUUUCCAAGAAGAAAGUUUUGACACAUGGCACUUCAUCAUCUUCGUCCCAACGUUCGCAACAAAAACUAGAGUUUAUAGCCAAAGUUAUGGCCCAAAAAAUAUUAAUAUGUCUGGGAGAUUUGUGGCGUUAUAAAAUCAAAGAUUCUCAAGGUCAAGAUUACAGUGCAGCAGAAAAAUAUUAUCAAAGUGCUCAAGCUUUAGUUCCGUCAAAUGGGGUACCCUAUAAUCAAUUGGCCAUCAUAGCAAUACUUAAUCGUAAAAAAUUCGACGCCAUUUACUUCCAUAUGCGUAGCCUUAUGUCUUCCAAUGCCAUAUACUCAUCAAAAGAAUCCCUGUUAGUUUUAUUCGAUGAAAUACGCAAGAAAUACGAGGAGACUGAAUUGAAAUCGUCUCCUAUACAUGCUAACAUUCAUCACAGCAACAAUAACUCACAGUCUAAAUCAAUGCGAAAAGAAGUAUGGAUUUAUCCAGAUGGUAUGCGUCGUUUGCAUCGUACUGACUUAAACGGCAAUAGUAACUAUAAAUUGGCGGUUAGUGAAGAAAAACGUUUUAAAGAAAUGCCUGUAGAAGAGCUUCUGCGUCGCAUAGUAUCACUGUAUCUGUAUAUCAUUGGCAAGUUAUUUAAUGGUGUCGGCAUGGAAACCAUAGUAGAUAAUCAAAGAAAAUUGCUAAUGCAAUUCGACGUAUUAUUGCAACAUAACAAAUUAGGAAUUACAAGAACAAGACUUUUGAAAAUAUUGGCCUUAAAUAUAUUUGUGAUGGAGCAUAACUUAAAUAAAGACACUCGACGUUAUCAUGCGUUUAACUUUUGCAAUCAAUUCUUUGGAUUACUGUUACGUAAAACAAAUUCAUUAUUGGUCGAUCUAAAUGACAAUCCGGAGGAAUUCGACGAUGAAAAGUUUGUGGAUUUGACUACCAUGCUACAGUAUAUUAGAAUCUAUGUUUUGUGGCUUCAACAUCAUGUAAACAUUUGGGAACCCAUUAAAAAUGAGGAGCACAUAUACUUUAACUCGUGGCAUGAAAUUGAAAAAUAUUUCGAACUCAUUAAACAAGAAAAUUUAGUUCUUCCAUCCGAAAAUGAGGUUAGAUUCGAAGAAGAUAUAUUUUUGGCCGGCUUUACACCCACAGCCGCGAUAAUUCCCAAACCAAAGGAUGACCAACUAUCCGAUGAAGGUUUACAGCUCAAGGCAAGGUUGAAAAUAAUUGGAGAUUUCGAAAACUUCUAUAGAGAGCAUUGUCAACGUUUGGAAAAUGUUGAAACAUCACAUUUUAUAAACGAAGUUUUGAAUUCAGAUAUAAAGCAGGCAUUGGAUGAUUUGCAAAGCUCCCAGUCCUUUAAUGCAAAUGUCACAGUUGGGGAUAGCAAUGAAAAUUGCGAUUCAAAUGAUAUAGAUGAUAAAGUUGCGGAAGACGUUGAGAACAAUGCGGAAAAUAUUGUUGUCAAUGGUGAUGCAUUGCAUGUGAGAACAUCAAACAAAUUAUUAAAAGCAAGUUUUAGCAAUGCUAAAAUGGAAAAUGACCAAUUAUCACAAUUGUCUAAAUUGAAACGUGAAUUAGAAGCGAAAUCAAAUGUAAAGAAAAUGUAUUCGAACAAAUUGGAGGAAAUUUUAAAAUUUGUGGACACAAAGUUGUAUAUUGAAGUCAGACCUAAAUAUUUGCUGCCUGAUACGAAUUGCUUCAUAGACUGUUUAGAGGAUUUUGAGCGUAUUGUAAAUGAGUUCAAACGAUAUACUCUAAUAGUUCCGCUAACGGUCGUUAAGGAACUCGAUGGUCUUUCGAAGGGUGUAAAAGUGGAAUCAAGCUUAGAAACCAUGCAAAAGCAUCGUAUACAUCAUUAUGACGAUGUAUCAACAAGAGCCAAAAAGUCGUUGGAUUUUAUAAAAUCUGCCAAAAGUCAUGUAAAAUGUGCCACUACUAAAGGUUCUAUAAUAAAUGCAUCACUGUUUGCUUUAGUAGAGGAAGAACAUGUAUCGAAUGAUGAUAAAAUUUUGGCUACCGCUGUUGCUUUAUCAAAAACUAUGAGCACUGAGACUGUCAAAGAUGGCAAGUGUUUCAUACAAACUGAAUUGGUUCUCAUAACAACUGAUCGUAAUUUACGUGUAAAAGCAUUAUCACGUAAUUUGACUGUAAGCGAAUUGCCGGAAUUUAUACAAUGGGCGAAAGACUGUAACUAAAGGAUACUGCGUGUGCUACAACAGGUGUCUCUAAUCUAUGUGAUUUCUUGCAAAAUGGAUUUUUCUUCAACAAAAUUGAUGAUAACAUUUCUUUUUUAAUGCAAUCCAACCCCAUCUAAAUAUUUUUUCUUCACAAAUUUUUUAUACUUAAAAUAGACCCUUCUCCUCAAUGUAGAUAUAUGUAUUUUAUAUUUAUACAGCCAUAGCUGUAUACCAAGGAAGAAUACUAAUAAUAACUUCUACAUAUACAUGAAGAUUUUUACAUACCCAUUUUAGAGAAGUCGUACACGUUAUUUAAGAAUUAUUAUUAUUAUUAUUUUUGGUAAAUAUUAACCAAGCAGGAGAAAUCGAAUUUUGUAUGAAGUGUUUUACACCAAGUGUUCAGAAAAAAACUAUUGGAAUAUUAGUUUUGUGUCAUUUGUUAAUCUUUUUCUUUUAUCUCUUUAGAAUUACAUAACUCUUUGAGUACCCUUCGUUCAGAAGUGUUUGUUAACGCAAUCGUAAUAUAAUGGUGUUGGAAAAAUUAUCAGUUUUUUUUACAAUAAAAUGCAUAACUAUAAAGAAAAA